UGGAGGAGCGCACGUGUCCCAACUCCAAUUCCUUUGCUUCAGCCCUCGCCUUUGUAUAAAUAGCAGCAAAGCGGUCGGCCCUCACAGCGGCUCUUGGGGGAGGAGAGGAGGAGGAGGAGGAGGUGGAGGAGGAGGAGGAGGAGGAGGAAGUUAGACGGGGGACACCGCUAAUCGGCACUAAACAUGCCAUUCGGCGCUCUUGUGGAUUUUAACGCCAUCUGAAGUCUCCUUACUUUGGAUCGCACACAGCGACGGCUUCUGCGCAGGGGAUCGCGCUACGCCAGGAGGACGGCGGAGAGACGAGCAAGCAUCGCCCACAGCGACACCCUUUCCAUGGUCGCUCUUUCCAGAGUCCGGAGGGCUCCAUGCCGUUUCAUGUGACGCGGAGAAAGUGUGCAGCAGCGCCGGAGCGAUCGAGCGCGGUCCCCGAAUUCGAGUGAAGUUUGCAUCCAGCCCGGGCCCGGAAGGCUUUUGCGCCAUUUGCUUGGCUCGCUGAGGGCUGAGACAAACAGACAAUGCACUUACUGGACUUUUCCUUUUUGCUCAUCUACACUGCAGUCGCUUUCGGUGACACCGCUUUCGAGUGGACACAGGACUACGACUACGACCAGGACCAGGGGGACACAAAGGAUGAUCCUGUCCCAACUAUAGAAGAGCAGUUGCGAUCGGCAUCCAGUGUGGACGAGCUGAUGAAAAUCAUCUACCCCGAGUACUGGACGAUGCUCAAGUGCCAGUCAAAGAGGGGGGGACGCUUCCACUUCAAGGAGCCCAGUGCCUCGGACCCGGGACAAGAAGAUGAGCCCAUGGCGUUUGCCGCAGCACAUUACAACUUUGAGAUUUUUAAAAGUAUUGAGGCGGAGUGGAGAAAGACCCAGUGCAUGCCACGAGAGGUUUGUUUAGAUGUUGGAAAGGAGUUUGGGGCGGCUGCCAACACCUUCUUUAAACCCACCUGCGUGUCUGUCUACAGAUGUGGGGGCUGCUGCAACAGCGAGGGUCUUCAGUGCAUGAACAUCAGCACAUCCUACGUCAGCAAAACCCUCUUUGAAAUUGUCGUGCCACUGUCCCAGCGGCCAAAGCCAGUGACAAUCAGCUUCGCCAACCACACAGCAUGCCGCUGCCUGUCUAAGCCGGACGUUUAUAGACAAGUGCACUCCAUCAUCAGGAGAUCCCUGGCAGAGUGUGACGGAGCUAACAGGACAUGUCCCAAAGACCACGUCUGGAGUGUUCCCCUGUGCCGCUGUGUGGUGCAGCACGAUUUCACGUUUGCCCCUCCGUCCCCAGACUCCCGUUCCUCUGAUGGACUGAGUGACCUCUGCGGCCCUAACAAAGAGCUGGAUGAUGAGAGCUGCCAGUGCGUGUGUAAGGGUGGUCUGAGGCCCUCAAGCUGCGGGCCCAACAGGGAGCUGGACCGGGAGAGCUGCCAGUGUGUGUGCAAGCUGUCAGCGGCCUCCUGCGGGCCCAACAGAGUCCUGGACCGGAGCACGUGCCAGUGCGUCUGUGCCAAGAGCUGCCCAAAGAACCAGCCUUUGAACCCUGCCAAGUGCACAUGCGAAUGCACCGAGACCCCCAACAAGUGCUUUCUUCGAGGGCGAAGAUUCCGGCCUCAGACGUGCAGCUGCCACGCGCCACCUUGUCGAAGGCGAGCCUGUGAGACGGGAUACUACUUCAGCGAGGAAGUCUGCCACUGCGUGCCCACGUACUGGAGGCCGUCGAGAUGAGGACCCAGUGGGCACGGACGGCCUGGCGCUCACACGCCUCAGAUGAGGCCUCUCGGACACUGACCAAGCGGGGGUGGGGAAUGAAGAAUCCUAAUUUAUUGCCACUAAAUGUCUGCAGCAUUAUUUUCAUAGCCGAUCGUAAAUUUACACUGUGAUUCAUAUUUUUGUAUUAUUUUAAACUUGAUUAAAUAAAAUAUAAAAUUGUAUUGUACAA